AUGGGUAAGUGCAUGAAACCUGGGAAAGUGGUGCUGUUCCUGGCCAGCAGUAUUCUGGCUGAACACAAAGCUGUCAUUAUAAAGAACAUUAAUGAUGGCACCUCAGACUGCCCCUACAUCCAAGCUCUCGUGGUUGGAAUUGAUUGCUAUCCCCGCAAAGUGACAGCUGCCAUGGGCAAAAAGAAGAUUACCAGGAGGUCAAAGAUCAAGUCUUUUGUGAAGGUUUAUAACUACAAUCAUCUUAUGCCUACAGCGUACUCUGUGGAUAUCCCCUUACACAAAACUGUCAUCCACAAGGAUGUCUUCAGAGAUCCUGCUCUUAAACACAAGGCCCAAUGGGAGGCCAAGCUCAAGCUCAAAGAGAGAUACAAGACAGGCAAGAACAAGCAGUUCUUCCAGAAGCUACAGUUGUAGAUGUUUGUUUCCAUCUUAAAAA